AUGUUAGACACUAUUUUGAAGAUGUUUCUAGGGAAAUACUUUGAACCAUGCGACAAGAAUUUCCUAACCAUGAAUAUGAAUGCGGGAAUUGAAAUUAGAAACAUCAUAAUAAAGAAGGACGAGAUUAAUCACUUCUUAAAGAGUAAAAACAUAGACGUAGAAAUAGUGUACUUAAAAAUUGAAAGAAUCAAUAUCAGUUUCGUAACUCUGUCAGGCAUGCUAACUGUAAAAUGA